AACCGUAUGGUAUUUAGCUCUGCGACGUCUUGUGUCGUAGUGGCGACACAAGGCAUCAGCCCCAAAACCACGUUUGAUUCUGAGGAAAUCCAAUCAGUUGUGAAUUAGUAUAACAAACAGGGGAUUGAGUUGUAAAAAAUUAUUUUUUUAUUUUUUUUGACGCAUCACCUGAGGGUUCGCCAACAUGUGUUCGACAUCAAAAGAUGUUGGCGAUCACAUGAAUUGGUACCAAUACCUGGAGAAUUUCAAGCGUCUCGACACCUGGACGAAAGAAAACCAGAUGUGCGAAUUUGAUGAGGCGCAGAAUUUCCUGCAUCGAGUUGAGUUCCAUGUAACAAAACUGCGGGCCUUAAAUAUCAUCGUAAACCUCCGUCCAAAGAGAGUGAAGAGUGAAUCUGUAUCCCAGCAAUACGUGGCCAUGGGAGAUAAAGUGUUAACGACGAACCCACCUAAUUUCCCCGCAGCAUUAAAAUACUAUUCCCUGGCUAUUAUGUUUUUAACACCUGGAACGCUAGAAAUGGCACGUAUGCUUGAAAAGCGUUCAAUAAUUGCAUUCAAGAAUGGAAACUAUGAGAAUUGUUUGCGCGAUAUCGCCAGAGCCCUGGAACAUGAUAAUCCAGAAGAACUCAUAGCACAAUCCCAUGCUAGAACCGCCAGAAGUGUACUGAGUCUGAACAAAGGGGGAUAUCGCGUUCGGUCUGCUGUGGAUAUCAUAAAGGACUUAUUGGCAAAUAGGACUUGUAAGGGUGUCGGGGAUGAUCUGACCGGUUUAUUAGCGACGGAAGAAAAUGCAUCAAAUUCGGACCCCCCUGUUCAUUAUGACCCCCGUAGGCGGAAGGUGAAACCGAUUGUCGAUGGCGCUCCUUGUUCUAUAGUUGGGGCAACUGGCGUUGGCAUUGGAUUCGCGGGCAACUGUGGGAGGUAUAUUUUAGCCUUGAGGAAAUUUCAACCUGGUGAAAUUAUCGCAGUCACCCCGAGUUACGCCAGUUCACAUAGUUUUGGAAGCUCUUAUAAGGCUUGUGCCGAGUGCACGACGCCAACAACAGCUGGUAUUCCCUGCCAUUUCUGUCCCUAUGUUCUUUACUGCUCGGAGAGCUGUCGAAGUAACGCAUGGAAGGUUUAUCAUCAGAUGGAGUGCUCGAUUUUGGGGUUACUGUUGGACGCCGACGUACCCACCACCGCUGUGCUUGCCAUGAAAAUCCUCUUGAAAGCUCUGAAGGAAACUGGGAGUGUUGACGACCUGGAGGCGCUGGUAGAGCGCUUGGAUGUUGUCACUGAUCCCCUAGUGCAUGGUUUCACAGAAGAUGUUUUUGACUGCUCAAAGUACGCGGCCGUUCACAGCCUGUUAAUCCAUCCAGACAAACACAUGGGUUGCGACCGGUUCCAUACGUCAUUGGUAUCACUUAUGAUUAUUUAUUAUUUGGCUACAAUGACUGAGGCAUUUGGACCUAAAUACCCUAAAUAUAUAUCCAUCGUCCUCAAAGAACCAAACCUCCGGUUUUUGGUACAGCUCUUAAUGAAGCUUUGGCAGAUUGUGGAGAUGAAUGCAAAAAGGCCUAAUCAGUUCAAUAUGACCAACCACGAUGAUGUGAUCCUGACACCUUUCACUUCUCUCUUGAAUCACAGUUGUAAUCCCAAUGUAUUAAUUUUUGGAAACUACGAGCCUGUUGUGAUUGCACUUCGACCCAUCAAAGCUGGCGAGCCAAUAUUCUGUAGUUAUCAGGAUCAUACUUACAAUAGAAUUUUGAAAAAUUUGAGGCGGCCAAUGCUCUUGGAAAGAUAUUUCUUCCAUUGUUAUUGUGUGGCAUGCACCGAUGACUGGCCAUGUUAUCGAGAUCUACCCCAUGUUUCCGAAUGGCCAAGGAUGACAUUGAGACUUAUGAAUGGUAUAAGACUGACAAAAAAAUUUUGUUCGCGGGAAAGGAUUUUGCACGAUGGGAAUCCUAAAAUCACAUACUUCAUUGAGAAGCUUUGUGAACAUCCUGUUCCUUGCAAGGAACUGAUUGAAUUUCUGGAUAGGUUGAAACAUGAUUGCCUGUGUCGGUACCAAUUUCGUUAAUGCCUUGGCAUUCUUCCAGCCCAUUGUCUUUAGUUAACUUUUAGUUUGUGAAUGUUUAUUACUUUUAAACAUAUCGAGAUGACUAGCAAUGGGUUUGUGACAAUCACUAGAUUUUUUUACUACUGUAGCAAAAGUAGUUUGCAUGCUUUUAAUUAUAAUAACUGAAGGCGAAUUUUCUUAAUUCCAAGGAAUUUACAAAUUUAAUUUGCAUUAUAUAUUUUCAUUUAAAUCAUAUUAAUUGACAUAAGAAAAUCGACAAGGUGAGAAAUGGUGAAUAGCAUUUUAUUCCAAAGCUUAAGGGAUGAAUUUCAUUUUUAUCUAAUUUUGACGCUGGAAAAAUAGUCUGACGGUCAUUUUUAUCUUCUCUAAUUUCAAUAGUGAAAACAUCUUAAUUAGCAUCUCAGGACGAUACCAAUUAGCGAUUCGUUAUCUUCGUUUUUUAAUCAUUCACCUGUUCAUCAUUUUUCAACUAAUGAAGCGUGGUAAUUGCUUCUACGUUAGGGUAAUAAACUUUUUAGAAUUGUGACACUUUUAAUUCGUUCGGUUGUGGAUAUUUGAAAUUGAACUCAUCAAAUUAGUCACUUUGUUGAUUCUUUCAAAUUUAUAAUCGUCUACGAUAUUCUGAAGUUCAUAAAGGAAGUUUCAUCCUAACAGGAGGAUUGAUGCUAUAAUAGCAUCAUAAAAAUAAAAUGCGCCAUGUUAAUGUACCUAAAACUCGUUUGAUUAAUAAAUAGACUUGGAAAGUAAACUUUUAAA